UGAAAGGACGAUACAAAGGAGUUAUGCUUGCUACAACAGGGAAAGAUGGGAAUGAAGGUUUUUUUCCUGUAGCUUUUGCUGUUGUUGAUGCUGAGAAUAAAGACAAUUGGUGUUGGUUUCUUGAACAUUUAUGUGGAGUAUUAGGAUCAGAAAGGGUGAUAAGUUUCAUAUCAGAUCGACAUUGUGGAAUUGUGGAGGGAAUUGCUAGGUUUUUCCCUAACUGCUUUCAUGGAUUUUGUCUGGAACAUCUAAAGAGAAAUUUGAGGGAUAAGUUGUCAUGUGGAAACACAAAUUUGGUUAGGGAGACGAUUGUGUCCAAGUUUUCAAAAUGUGCAUAUGCUCUAACAAAGGUAUCAUUUCAUUUCAAGUUAAAUGAAUUAAAAAGUGAGGGAGGAGACAUUGUGAGUGUUUUCUUGAGAAGUUUACCAUAUGAAAAUGGGAGUGAUGCACAUUUUGCGGGGAAACGUUAUGGUGAGAUACAAUGA